AUGUCUUCCUCUCCAGCUCUGCUCUAUGCCACCAUCUUUGGAAACGUGACCACCAUCUUCCAGCAGAUGUACGCCAACACCAACCGCUACCACGAGAUGCUCAACAACGUCAGGGACUUCCUGAAGCUCUACCAGGUCCCCACGGGCCUCAGCGAGCGGGUCAUGGACUACAUCGUCUCCACCUGGUCCAUGUCCAAGGGCAUCGAUACGGAGAAGGUAUUAUCGAUCUGUCCUAAGGACAUGCGGGCUGACAUCUGUGUCCACCUCAACAGGAAGGUGUUCAAUGAACAUCCAGCGUUCCGGCUGGCCAGCGACGGCUGCCUGCGCUCACUGGCGGUGGAGUUUCAGACCACACACUGCGCCCCGGGGGAUCUGAUCUUCCACGCCGGGGAAAGCGUGGACACCCUGUGCUUCGUCGUGUCGGGGUCACUGGAGGUCAUCCAGGACGACGAGGUCAUCGCCAUCUUAGAGUGA